CCCCUUGUUGUCAAACAUAGUGUAAGAGGUCAUAUGGCCUAUGGGCGGGUGCAGCGUAAUAGUUUACAUCCCGUUUUCACAAGUAGAGCAAAUGCUGCAGAUGUUCAAACAAGUGGAUCAUUAGAGCAGAAUGAACAUACCACAGAAGUGUUGAAUGUAUUUGUAGAUACCCUUCAUUGGAAAUGAACGAGUCUGCAAAACAAAGUCUUGUAGAAGGUAAAGCUACUCGAGGACCAAUGAGUGUAGAGGAAAUCGUUGAAGUGAGAACAUCCGACGUUAAACUAACUCCAAAACGGAAUGUAGCUGUAGAGACACCUCAUCUGCAGGCUGUACCAACUGAUGAAAAGGAGGAACUAGGCACAAGAAAUCAAGUUUCAAGCACAGAUAAAGAUCGCACUUUAGAGCCAUCAUAUAGCAGGAGCGAGAAGGUAAUUUAUACAGCGUAAUUUAAUUGUUUUACUUCUUUGGUUUUCCUUCCUCGUACAUCAAGUUGAAUGUUUACGAGGAGCAACAGAAUCACUUAGCUAAAGCUCCAAUUCAAGACUUGUUCUUUCCUUGCUUUCUUGUGGCUGAAGUAAGGAUUUAUUCUUCGGAUCAUGCAGUGCUGUCAAAACAUGAUUUGCUUUUGUUUGAACUUCUCAUGCGGAAGGAAGUGGUGGAUUAUCAAAACUCACUGGCCUGCAAGUUACGUAGACUAGACUGAGUUUAAGAUGCCUUAACAAAUAUGUUGCUUUCGCAGGUGGAGAUGAUUACCGACGACACUUCAGUAAAUGCUGGUGGUGUCCAUCAGUCAGAUCUAGGGGUGGGCAUUCGGUCGGUUUGGUUCAAACCGAACCGAAUAGAGGACUAUCGAGAUUUCGAUUUCAGUCACAUGGCAAACCGAGUUCGAACCGAAUUAAAAUUCGGUUCGGUUUGUCCGAACCGAAUUUUUAGUCGGUUCGAUUUUAUGCCCAAAUCCGAAUUUAGUUGUUGUGCAAUUUUAUUCCUCUGCUUUUGGUGAUGCUGGGCAGUAGUAGGCCCCCAAACCCAUAGACAAAAUGGUUUCCUCUCUGACUCUUUCUCUCCCCCCACGUUUCUUUCUCUCUAUCUCUCUCUCUCAUGUUUUCCCCUUCUCCACUUUGGCCAAUUUCCAUAACCAACAAACAGAGAGAAGAAAAAUCGUAGAAUAGAAAGGGGAGGAAGGAAGAUGAAACAAACUACAAACCACUGCCGCCAAUCUUCCUGUCUCCUGAUGAUGCAUCCAACGACACCGGCUAUGAAGGUAAGUUUCUAUUUUGGUUUAAUGUCAGUUUGGAGAUCUGAUUUCACCCGAGGAGAGAGGAUUGUGAGGACUGAUUCUGACCCUCGCUUCUUUUUCCGAUUUUUGUUGAGGUUGAAGCCUUGAAGGGAAGAGAGGUUCGCCGUGCUUAGAAAAGGUGGAGGGUGAUGGAACCUGGUGCGGAGAGAAAAGAUGGGACUCAUGGCGGAGAGAAAAACGGGGCGACCUGGUCUCUUUUUCUCGUUGGUUGCUCUAUGGUGGACGAAGACUAGAGAUGAAAGCGGUGCCGUAGGUGGAGACUGCCGAAGAUAGAAGAGAAUCGGCUGCAUUAUUAGGGUUUAGAAAGGUUGGGCUGGGCAAUCAUUUGGUUUUGGGCUGUUAGUUGGGCUAUGUAAGUACUGGGCUUGCUUAGUUUGUAGUCUACUUUACUUAUUUCGGUUUUUUGGUCGGUUAAUCGGAUUUCGGUUUCGGUUGAGCAUACCCUGGUUUCCGAAAUGUGGGGUUUUGCCUUCCGAAUUUUGAACCGAAACAAUGCUAUUCGGUUUCGGUUCGGUUUUGUUCAGUUUCGGUUUCGGUUUGGUUCGGGUUUACCGAACCGGAUGCCCACCCCUAGUCAGAUCUCCGAGCAGACAUACCAAACAAUGUUGGGUAAACACAGACCACCAACCUGAACAUGUUUCUGACUUUCCUUUUAACCAUUGUGCAGUUAACUGAAAGUUGCAAGGAGCAGUGUAUUUUGAUUUAAAAGUUCCUUCUCUGACUUCCAUUUUAUUGACUAAGUGGGGGAUUGUUAGAGUUUGGGGCUGUCUUGCUUUCUACAGAGUCUCAGAUCCUAAGAGAACUAAGUUAGGACCACGAGCUUUGAAAGGUGUUUUUCUUGGAUAUGCAGAAAACUCAAAAGCCUAUAGGGUUCUAGAUUUAGAAUCCAAUGUGGUUGUGGAAUCGAGGGAUGUUGAGUUCUUUGAGAACAAGUUUCGACGUGACUCUGCAAAUGUAGAAUCAUGUUGAGUUACUUCUGUAGAUUCCUCAAAUGAGUCUAUCUCUGCUCCCGCUUUUGACAUUGGUUCUAGUAGCAAAAGGCCUUUAGAUGACCUUGCUGCUAAUGAACCACGAAGAAGUCAAAGGGCUCGAAAGGAAAAGAGUUUUGGUCCAGAAUUUAUUGAUCCUCAAGAUAUAGUCUUUCUUGUAGAGGGAGAUAUGUUAAAUAAGGUUACAAGAAAGAUGCCAAUGUUGUUCCAUGUGCAAGACGAUCCCAAAACCUAUCAAGAAGCAAUGGCUUCUAGAGAUUCUGCCUUUUGGAAUGAGGCUGUUAAUGAUGAGAUGGAUUCGUUAUUAAUAAAUAAGACUUGGGUUCUUGUGGACCUGCCUCCUAGAUCUAAGGCUAUUGGAUGCAAAUGGGUGUUUCGCAUUAAGUAUAACACAGAUGGAUCAAUACAUACCUUCAAAGCUAGAUUGGUUGCAAAAUGGUUUAGGCAAAAGGAAGGAGUAGAUUGCUUCGACACCUAUGCCAGUUGCAAGAAUCACUUCCAUAAGAGUGCUUUUAGCUUUGGCUUUUACUUACAAUUUGCAUGUACACCAAAUGGAUGUAAAGACGGCAUUCAUAAAUGGCGAGUUAGAUGAAGAAGUGUAUAUGGAGCAACCAGAAGGGUUCGUGUUGCCUGGAAAUGAAGGAAAGGUGUGUAAAUUGUAAAAGUCAUUGUAUGUACUUAAGCAAGCACCUAAACAAUGGCAUGAGAAAUUUGAUUCUGUUGUUUUGGUUCAUGGAUUUUCUCAUAACUCUGCUGAUAAGUGCAUUUAUUCAAAGUGCACAAAAGAGUAUAUGGUCAUUAUAUGCCUUUAUGUUGAUGAUAUGUUGAUAAUAGGAACUAACAUGAAAGGCAUAAAUGAGACCAAAGAGUAUCUAACUUCCUGCUUCCAAAUGAAAGAUCUUGGAGAAGUAGAUACUAUAUUGGGCAUCAAAGUAAAGAAACAUAGUGGGGGUUUUGCUUUGAGUCAGUCACAUUAUGUCGAAAAGAUGCUCAAGAAAUUCGAGCAUUUGGAUAUAAAGGAGGCUAACACCCCUUAUGAUGCAUCUUUUAAGCUUUGUGCGAAUGAGGGAAGGGCAGUGGCACAAGUUGAGUAUUCUAGUGCUAUUGGAAGUUUGAUGUAUGCAAGGGGAUGUACUAGGCCCGAUAUUGCAUUUGCGGUGGGCAAACUUUCAAGAUUCACUAGUAAUCCUAGUGCCUAUCAUUGGAGAGCUAUAGGAAGAGUCUUUGGCUAUUUGAAAAGAACUAAAGAUUUGGGACUCUUCUAUAGCAACUUCCCCGCUGUACUAGAAGCAUUUUCUGAUGCUAGUUGGAUCACGAGCGCUAGUGAUAAUAAAUCCACAACAGGAUGGAUUUUUACACUAGGUGGUGGAGCUGUUUCUUGGGCUUCGAAGAAACAAACAUGUAUUACACACUCCACUAUGGAAGGAGAAUUCCUAGCCCUUGCGGCGGCUGGAAAAGAAGCAGAAUGGCUAAGAAACAUGUUGUUAGAUAUAGAGUUGUGGCCACAACCGAUGCCAGUCAUUUUUGUCUUCUGUGAUAGUGAGGCUACAUUGCCUAGAGCUUAUAACUAGAUUUACAAUGGUAAGUCUAGACACAUUAGCCUAAGACAUGAUUACGUUAGGUAUUUGAUUACUAACGGAAUCAUUUCUAUUGUGUAUGUAAGGUCGUGCAACAAUUUGGCAGAUCCUCUUACAAAGGGGUUGCCAAGAGGCAUGAUCUAUGAGACAUCCCAAGGGAUGAGAUUGAGACCUUUUGUAUAGUUAGAAGUAAUGGAAACCCAAUCUUUUCUUUAGAUAUUCCCUAAUUAAAAGGUUCAAUGUGG